AGCUACUCAAGGUUAAUUAUAAUUAUCGUUCAUCAAAGGCCAUGACUGGCUCUGGCUCUCCUUGUGGAGCUUGCAAGUUCUUAAGAAGAAAAUGUGUAAAAGGAUGUGUGUUUGCACCAUACUUUUGCCAUGAACAAGGAGCUUCCCAUUUUGCAGCCAUUCACCAAGUGUUUGGAGCCAGCAAUGCUUCUAAAGUUCUCUCUAAUCUUCCCAUGGAAGAUCGAUACGAAGCCGCCAUUACAAUCUAUUAUGAAGCCCAAGCUCGCCUCCAAGACCCCAUAUAUGGCUGCGUUUCUCAUAUCUUUUCCCUCCAACAACAAGUUGUGAAUUUACAAACACAGCUGGAGAUUUUAAAGCAACAAGCAGCACAAAGCAUGAUGGCAACUGAUUUUCCAUCCAUUGAAAACCCGAAUUACCAUCGAGACACUAAGCCUACUCACCUUCAAGAAUCACAAGAUCUGUAUCGCCCUCAUAAUAAUCAUCAUCAAGACGGAAGUAUGGAGACUGAGCGCUACUCCGAUCUUAAUUAUAUCAUGACGUCUUACUUUGAAUUAGAACAACACUUAAACACCUUUAACCCGCAUGAUCAUGGUGGCAAUGAUAUUCUAUCCUCGAGUUUUGGGUACAUCUCGUAUUCGUGA